CUUCUGAAAACCUGCUGGUGAGGCCCGAAGGGAUUUGUUUUUUUGAUGACCACGAGAGCACGGUGUUUCAUAUGGAUUGUACUUUUAGUUCGGACGUUGAUCACUGCCAAAUUGCUCAUUGUUACAUUUUUAUUGACUUUAAAAAUGUUUGUCUAGUGCAUUCCCUGAAAGUAGUAAAUGGUUUUCCAUUAGGAAAGCUUCAUUGAAGGCUUAUGCAGUAUGUGACGUUUUUCUGCCACCUGCUCUUGCUUCUUUGACCCACAGUAACCUCCUCCUUUUACGUACUUUCAUUCAGGCGUGGCUUAAGAAUUUAACUAAAUAGGCUUAUACUUGUCAGACUCACCUGCUUUUGCUGCCGCUGCUGUCACUCGUGUGUUUUCACUUAGUGAUAUACAAAAACUCGGUUUGUAGCAUCUGUAGUGUACAAAUGAAUGGCGAUUUGAUUUUAUGCAUUUUGGAUCACGGGUUCAUUCUUAAAACUCAAAUCGGAUGAAAAGCAUGUAAUAAAACGACUUGCAUUAAAUAUUUAAAUUGAUUUGCUCCCAAUGAAUUAGAAUAAAACGAUUACUGGCCCUUGUCAGCAAAGCAAUUAAAAGAGCGAGGCGAGUGCAUCAACCGACGUCGUCAUCAUAGCCCCGCCCACUUUGUAACGUAGGCUGACGUCACCUGGUUUGAGCGUUACUUGGGAAAGACUGCAUUAAUUCGCCGAGCGGACUCCGAAAGGGAGAGCCAGUGAUGGCUUCGCUCGGGCAGGACCGACGUUACGGGCUGUCGUGCGGGAAAAACAGCAAUAGUAAACUCGGACCCAACCGGACACUUUACCACGUCAAGCUCACCGACACCGCCAUUCGAGCGCUGGAGGCUUACCAGAACCUCAAGACUGAUUUACCAAGUGAGCCGACUAUCUGUUUCGAGGGCAGUCAAGGGUACAUUAAGCUCCCAGCUCCCACAGCAGAAUCGCCAAAUGCGCUUCGGGUCUUCUCCUUCUAUUUAUCCAGCGACUGUAAAGACCAGCCGCAGGCCAGCUUUGACUGCAUCCAUCAGUAUGUUUCAAGUGACGGCCGCGAGCAGCUGGAAGGGCAAGGAGUCAUCCAGGACAAGAUCACCGUGUGCGCCACCGAGGACUCCUACCAGAUGACACGCGAGAGGAUGUCUCAAGUCGAGAAGGAUAGCUGGAGCCGUUCGGCCAUUGAGAUAAAACCCGGAGCCACGCAUCCCAGUAAAAGCGUCAAGAUCCAUAAGAGGCCGCCCAUUGUGUCCGCAUCGGACGGCAGCUUCUGUAAACCUCCUGCGCCUAGCCGCUGGAGCGGCAGCAUGGCCUCGGUCCACCAGAAGCCCCUCAGGGAGCGCAUCAUUCAUCUACUGGCUCUCAAGUCCUACAGGAAGCCGGAGCUCCUGCUGUGGCUGGAGAGAGAACGGGUCGGUCCCAAGGACAAGGCAGAGCUCGGAGCUAUAUUGGAAGAGGUGGCAAAAGUGAACCCCAAAGAUAGCAGCUACCUCCUGAAAGACGACUUCUACAAGUACGUGCGGCGAGACUGGCCUGGCUACAGCGAGGAGGAGCGACAACUUGCUAGCAGGUUGUUGUUGAGGAAGUCGCAACCCCCCGCGCACGGCCACUCGAGGAAUCCUCAAGCCGAUGAAUCUAUCGGGAAACCAUCCGGGGAUAGAAUGCCGCUGCAGCACAGUCUGACAAAAAACCCACUAGUGAAACGCCCCGUGCUUACGCACAGUCUACAACCUCUUGCAGCAAAGAGACAAAGGCAAAAUGAUCACAGGACGCCGCAGCAGCCAGUCACCAACGGACUUUUAAACAAUAAGGGAGCACCUGUCGCCGAGCCUCUUAGUUUCCACGCCAAACCUGAUUUCCAAAGGACUAAUCAUACUUUAGGGAGCUAUGUUGGAGACCACCAGCACGCUUCCCUUUUAGCGCUUAACGUAUCAAGCACCGCAGACAUACCGGUGACUGAUCAGCACAGAACCAAAGCGACGAGCCCCGAGCCACCUCGGGCUGAGUCGGUCUGCGCUCAACAGCAACAGAAGAAGAAAAAAUCCAAAAAGCAUAAAGACAAGGAGCGGGAAAAGUUGAAAGCACCAGGACAAAGGUGGUCAGAGGACAGUCCGGAUCUCAAGCACGACCAGGACAAACUUGGAAAUUGUGACAUUACUAAUGACAUUGACUUGGUGGAGAAACCGGAUUAUGUGAGCGCCUAUGUCAGGAUCACAAGCGUAGAACAACGUCAGCGGUACCAGGAGGAUUUCAACGCGGAGUACGACGAGUAUAAAGAUCUGCACACCCGAAUCGCCACCAUCACUCACAUGUUUGUUCAGCUCGAGUCCAAGAUCAAAAGCAUGUCGCCCGGCACUAAAGAACACAAGGUGAUGGAAGAUCAAAUUUUAGAAAAAUACAACAAGUAUCGAAAAAAAUUCCCGGGUUACCAGGAAGAGAAGAAGCGCUGUGAAUAUCUGCACCAGAAACUGUCGUUCAUCAAGCAGCUCAUCGUGGACUACGACGUCUCUCAGGGCUCCUCGUAGCGCCGGCUCUCCCUUUGCGUUGGAUUUGUGCAACGGAGGGAUUUUCAUGAACAAUGUUAGGUCCACGAGCAUUUUUUUUUUCCAAUUUUCUCUCACAGGUGUCCAAGAAGAAAUAUGUUCGACUCAGCAAAAACAGCCACCAGGAACACUGGAAGCUAUGUUAAUGGUAACCAGAAGCGCCUGUUCGAUUUAUCAAUACACAUUACAGUUGCCUCCUUUGAAAUGUUCCACGAAAGCCUUCCGGUCUGCUGCUUUGCUAGUGCCUCUUAUCUCUUCUGCUCUUUUUACAUUUUCUUUUUUUUUUUUGGACGAUACACUAAAGCAAAAUGUUAUAUUUGUAUAGUUACAAGCCCUUCAUCUCUAUCAACUCUACUGUUUAAUUGCAGCGGGUUUAUUUUUAUGCCCCCCGAAAUGCACUUGUUUAAUUCAAGGGCCGUGGAACUUUUUCAGCUUUGUAUAAAGUCCUCCAUCUUAAAUUCAUGAAAAUAUAUGAUGCAAAGAUCAAAUGUUGUUUAUUAUUAUGUUCUGUGCAUUUGUCAUUUUAUUAUUUCCCUUCUGGGGUUUAAUUUGUAGAAAGGCAUGGCAGGCCGGAUUAAAUGCUAGGGAUCCCCUACCGCUAAACAAAAGCAUUUAUUGAGCGCACUUUCACAUAAUUGACUGCUGGUGGAAUAUCUCAGGCGGCAUGAUUAAACCUCCGUCCAAUGAUGUGGAACAAAGUAUUUCUCUCUGAUCUGCUAAUGUAUUUAUUUUAAGACCAUUUUACGUCCUCUUGCAGGCCUGUGUAGAUUAUAAAUCACAUGAUAUUUGCGAAGAACUGAGAGGGCGAGCUGAAUAACCUUUUCGCCUUAUGUAACUCAAAGUGACUAGUCCCCUUUAACAUUGCCUACAUCUCCGGUUCUACCAUAAACGGCACUAACACAGACUUGAGGUGGGAAUUCUGCUUUUGGAGCACCGGUGUGGAAUAAUAAAGGCAGUGUCUGACCAGUGUUUCAC